AUGGCUACCGGCUCGUCAGGCGAGAUCCGUNGUACACCAGAGUCACCAGAGUCGGUAAGCAUGGCUACCGGCUCGUCAGGCGAGAUCCGAAGAGGAUUCGCCAAGUUCAGUGGUGACCCAGGCGACUACGUCGGCUGGCGAACCCUGCAGACCUCCUUGUUUAUGGAGGACAAGCUACACAAGGUUCUGUUGGGAGUGGAGAAAGCCCCUUCGGAUCCCGGACCUAGUGCUACGCCGGACCAGACUUCCGCAUACCAAUCUGCCCUGGAAGGAUACCACCAGGACAAAAACGUACAGAUCUUUACACGGCUGAUGCUCGCCACAUCUGAAACCGGGGGCUACCAGAGCGCGGCCUCGCAGACUGUGCAGGCAUACGCGCCUAUCGGGUCUUCCUACAACGGAGACGGUCGUGGAGCCUUCCUCGCCCUGGAACGAAAGUACCAGGCCGCUGGGGUAUACCGUACGCAGGAGCUGCACGAGAAGUUCAUAUCUUUGGCAGUUACUGCGGACCACGACUUUGACCCGGCCAAUGUUAUUCAAGACAUGCGCCGGAUCUGCACGGAGCUCGCCGUGUAUAACGACACUGUGGCUGACCACCGAAAGACGUUCGCUUUCCUAAAAGCACUGCCGGACGACCACUACAAAGAGUUCAAGACAGGACUGCUGUGCGGCCAAGCUGCUGGGAGCGUCUUGUCUUUCGAGGAGGUCGCCGACCGAGCCACUUCGUUCCACGCGAUGCACAUUCGUGGCCUAAAUAACUGGUCCAGAACCAUGGCGGCGGAACUUCUGGCAACGGGGCUGGAGGUCAACACGACCGCGGAAGCCACGACACAGGCGUGGCUCACGCACGCGCGCGAGGUAGACCUCACGCUGGAAUCAUUCGACAUCGCCAUAGGCGAUCCCGAGCAGGUGCCGUUUGCGCCUGCUGCAUCGACCCCUGAGGAGACGUCCGAUGCCAAUGUCGGGCAGGUGCUGGCUGCGCCUGCCACAGCUUCGCUACAGUUGUUGGAGCGUGCUGUCCCAUUGCAGGUGCCGAUUGCGCCUGCCACAGCAGAGGAAACCGAGGAGCCUGCUGCCUCCUACGAGCAGGAAAAGGACCCGCCAACCGCGAUACAGCAUGAGGAGCUGGUCGCGUACACCAAUGUUUUUCGUGCAGUGGACAAGACAGCGCCCGCCGAGAAUACGAGAGUGUUCAUCGACACCGCCGCUUCGGGACACAUGGUAAGCGGCGAGAGCCCAGUCUCACAACAUGUAGUCGACUUGGUUGACUGCGACGUCCGCAUCAAGGGUUCGUGCGGCACAUCCAGCGCCACCAAGAAAGAGUUGGAGGUUCUGCUUGUGCGGGACCUUGGGGCAAACAUGUUUUCUGUCGGAGCGUUGGAUGAGAAGGGGGUGAAGACGGAUCUACUUUCGGCACCUCCGGCCCUGCGAAGCCGGAACCUGUCUCUCCACAUAUCAACAGCAGAGGUGCCUCGAAUGUACGCCGUGAAUCUCAUCCUGGACGACGUGAAUCUCGACCUGCCUAGUUCUCCGCUAGUUUUCCGUGCCGAUACCGAUGCCGGUGUCUGGCACCGGAGGAUGGGACACUGCAAUGCGCGCGCCCUGAAGCAGCUCUCGGAUAAGGAAGGCACCGGCAUCAAGUUCACCACCAACAUUCAACCAGGUGACUGCGAAGUGUGCGAUAUCUCAAAAAGCAAGAGGGCAAGUCACCCCCCGGUUGGCCGCUCCCGUUCACCGACGCGAAUGAUGCUUGUGCAUCUCGACCUGUGGGGGAAACAUGGUGUGCCAUCGUACAGCGGAUGUCAGCAUAUCGCAAUGUUCACCGACGAUAAGUCUCGCAUGCGGUGGGGCAUUCCCCUGAAGACGAAGGAUGAAGUGACUGACGCGCUCGAAACCCUGAUUAAAGAAGUCGCCGACCCCGAGGGCAUCUGCAUCGGGAAAAUCCAUUGCGAUGGCGCAGCCGACUUCAAGGGUAGGUUCUUCGCAAUGUGUCGGUCCUUCGGGAUCGCCGUGGAGACAAGCCCCCCCCCACGUAGCCUCAUGCUUGGAGCUCCGCACCUGCCGCGUCAACUGUGGGCGGAAGCCGUCAAGGCCGCCAUUUACAUCAAGAACCGCACACCUACUGACGUCCUGGACGGCAAAGCACCACUUGAGGUUUGGGAGGACAAACCACUCGGCAGCUUGAAGCACAUGCAUGAGUGGGGGUCCGUAGCGUUCAAACACGUAGAAGCCCGCUCGCGUAACGAUACGUUUUCUGCCAGGGCGAAGAAGUAUUACAUGGUGGGAUACAAUACAACCAGCAAGACGUGGCGGCUAUGGGACCCGGCGGAACCACUCAAAAUUACAAACUCUGCUGAAGUGUCAUUCCGCGAGGUAGAUGCCCGCGACGUCGCUCGCCCCAUGCACGGGUCUGACCCAUUUCCCGAACAAGGCCAGAUUUUCCAGCCCGGCAUUAUCACUGGGGCCGAGACAAGAGACGAGGAACCAGAACCGGCAGAACCGAACGACGGACCGGACGAAGAACCGCCCGCGGUGCGCAAAAGCGGUCGCACGACAAAGCCGCGGGACCGUCUGAACCUGUUUACGACGGAGCAGGUGUUCGAAACAGAAUACGCACUGGUGAUCGGAGGUGAGAUCGGGAACCUUGGUCAAGGGAUACCUGGCCAACUAGGAUACAUGCCCGCCGAUCCACCAAUCUACCGCGCAGCGGUCAACGGACCAGAUGCCGUUGGAUGGAUGAAAAGUAUGGAGGAGGAGAAUCGCUCCUUACUAGACCACGGCAAAUCGAGAAUCGUCGUGCAAGGAUUUUACGAAGCUGAGACCGGAACCGACAAUGCUGCACCGGUAGCGUCUCUCCAAGCCGUCCAUCUGAUAGUUGCGCAUGCUGCCAAGAAUGGACUUGUUCUUCGCCAAGCCGACAUCAGGACGGCGUUCCUCCACGCGAGGAUGGAACCGGGAUCGAAACCAGUGUACGUCAUUCCCCCGGAAGGAUUCUCGUGCGACAGCGAGAGAGCCAGGCAAGUCUGGAAGCUCAGAGCGUGGCUUUACGGGUUGCGUUUUUCCCCAAAAGGCUGGUGGGGCACUCUGCACGAUUUUCUCCUGAAGAUCGGAUUUGUUGAGAGCACCGCUGAACCGUGCUUGUACAUCCUGGACGACGGAGAUGUGCUCCUUCUCGUUUAUGUGGAUGACAUUCUGCUGACCGGGGAGGGCGAGAACAAAGUGCUGAGCAUAGUCGAUCAGCUGAAUGAGCGUUUGAAACGGUGGACCUGGGAGGAGCCAGUUUCCUGCUUGGAAGCGUAUACCAACGCAGUGUUGGACAAGUUCGGCAUGGCCGACGCGCGUCUGACGACAUCUCCGUCUGAGGCUGGACCGGUGUCCGUCUUGGAGGACGAGGUGUUGUCAGCGGAGGAUACCACAUAUUUCCGCUCCGCCACAGGCUCGCUCCUAUAUCUCAGCAGGUGCACAAGACCCGACAUUACUCACUCCGUGAUGGUCCUGACGCGAAGUAUGGCGAAACCAGGCGACCUAGACAAGGGCUACUCCACCACGGGAGUCGUGCUGUACUCCGCUGGUGGACCGGUGGAAUGGACAUCAUCCAAGCAGACGGUGGUGGCGACCUCUUCCGUUGAAGCAGAGUUCGUGGCUUUGUCAAAGGGGUGCAACAUCAUCAAGUACUUCCGCCACCUGCUGGACACCAAAAAUCAGACUCAGGGAGAAGCAACCGUGGUGUGGGAGGACAACUCGGGAGCUCUGACAUUAACUCGCAGCUUCCGUAUCACCCCAAGGACUAAGUACAUUGACGUAAUGUUUCACCACGUAAGGUCGCUGGUAACUGAUGGAGUCGUAGACGUGAAGCAAAUAUCGACGUAUCGACGUCGCUUCAGAAAGCGGAUAUUUUUACGAAAGGGCUAA